AUGCGCUUAGAUAGAACAUCAGACCUGCACAAAACAUCAUCGAGCGGCGGACAGUAUCCGAACGUCACGGCACGAUCGCAUAAAUUCACAGCCGAUUCGCCGAAAUUUAGUGCGGGUUUAGAUAGAAUAACAAGUGGUAGAAUCAAGAGCGAAGACGAUUCUCGCGGCAGGAUAAGUCCGGAUACGGACCAAAAAGCCAGAAUUGAGCAGAGUGCCCAAAUAUCACGUGACGCACGUGCGUAUAAUACAUCUACCAUCAUUUCGGAGGGGCUCUCGCAUAAACGGAAGAGUAGAAGCCUUACAUCCAUGCAAAAACCAGGGAGUGGCAAUAGUAGGUCCCCACUGCCGUUUGUUACAGAGCAUGCGGAAGAAAUCAGACAAAGAGAGCUGGCACUGAGUAGGAACCGAAGUACAGAAGGUCCGCUUGCCAUACUGUCGCCGCGGGAGAGGGAACAAAGUGCGAACCGCUACAUUCUCUUGGAACAAGACGAGCUUUUGGCACGUCAGAAGCAAGACCACCUGCGCCAACAAAUGAGCAUGAUAGAUCAGAACCAGGUACCACUGAAAGGAUUAGGUAUGGCAGCUGGAUUAGGGAAGUCCGACCCAAACGAAGAUGAUCUGCGCGCACUUCCAGCUGUAAGUGGGAGACCCGCAUACACCACACCCCCUAUGAGUAUACCUACGCGUGGGGGCGACAGAAUAGAUGAAAGUAACUUCGAGAUGGAGAAGGCAUGGCGCGAAAAGGAGCGUGAACGCGAACGCGCUCUUGACGGCCGAGAACGGGAUCUGCCGCCCACAACACACAGACCAAGUGAUGCCCCGCAACGUCCACGGGAGCGAGAUGCGCUGUACCAAGGCAGGGAGGGUCUACACACGGACAUCCACUCGCAGAGCUACGACGAUCCCGCAAGCAUGUUUAGAGAAGGCGAGUCGCGGUACUCCACCGCCUUCCAGCGCGCUGGCACAGAAGGCGGCGCGCGCGACAUUGAGAUGCGCAUGACGGAGCGCGAGAGAGAGCGUGCGAGGGUCAGGCGGCGAAACGAGGAGGAUCUGGAACGUGUGCGACUCACUGAACGCGACAGAGAGCGCGAGCGCGAAAGCCUGCGAGACCGCGUGAGCCUGAGUGAACGGGAACGGUUGGGGUUGAGCCUCACCGAGCGCGAACGCCUUGCGUCUAGCGACCGGGAGAGGGAGCGUGAGCGUGAACGGGAAAGAGACCGCGAACGGGACCGAGAACGAGACCGCAUUCGCCAGCGAGGGUCGCGCAAAGACGAGGUGGCCGCGUGGGAGGCGAUGCGUGAUCGCGAGUGGGCUGACAGAGAGCGCGAGCGAGAGAGGGAUCGCGCGCUGAUGCCCAUGGAUGUGCUUAUACCCGCAUCAGCCUGGGAACGUGAGCGUGAGCGUGAGCGUGAACGUGAACGGGAGCGUGAACGGGAGCGGGAGCGAGAUCGCGAACGGGAACGGGAACGAGAGCGCUUCUACUUCAAUUCGCGGGGAAGUGCUGGGGCGCUGGGAGGGGACAGGAUUGGCGGCCCGUCGAAGGAGGGUGCCAAGACGCAGUAUCCGGACUACGAAAUGCGAGAACAACAGAGAUUGCGCGCCAUUGCGGGGGUUGAUCUUGCGCUGGGUGCUCCCCCGAAAAGCUUUCCGGCACCGGGUACCAUUGCGACUGAGAGCAUCACCACCACGUCCACGUCUCUUCAAGAUCUUCCUCAGGAGAAGGUGUUCAACGCACACGAAUUGCGCGAACUCCGCGAGCGUGAACAGAUGAUGCGAAGGGAUCCAUCAGCCGGUAAUCUAAGCAGAGCUUCAGAGGCUGCUAGUCUAGGAAUUACGGGAUCGACAUCAGCUUCGUAUUCGCCCGGUAAACGUCUUUCGCUAGGCGUACAUGAUUAUGAUAUCAGUGCCUUGAAUAUGCAUGAGAGGUAUGCACGCUCCCCCGCCGCGGGAGGGUCUUCGUCUGUCCCCACUGGUGAUACGGGCCGCAGUUGGGGUGAAGAUGGCUCAGAGCGCUACGGUAGCGGCGAACGAGGACCCGGCUUUACACAUGUGCAGCCCCGCCAGGUCGAGCGCAGGACAAGUAAUAAACGGGAAUUCAUGACCGAUGGGUUGGAUUCUGAGAGGAGACGUGGGGAAGCCUUUAGGUCACGGGGCCUGCAGGUGGGCCGAGAUGCGAGCAACAAGCGCAUGAGCGUGAGCAAACCCGGUAUGGGGGGAUCCUACCCCAACUGGGGUGGUGCGAAUUGGCCCGAAAGUCAAGGCUUGGGACAGGUCCAGGGUACACCGGGAGAGUUUGCCUCGUCUGCAGAUAAACCUACCGGGGAGGGAUUGCGAUUACUCACGCAGGCAAUUAGCUAUAGGAGCAAUGACGACCCCAGUCAUAGGGGAGUGGGGGCUGGACUGCCAGCAGCGAGUUACGACCCCGCUGCAAGAACACAACGUGUAAGUGUCAUGCCAUCUGCAUCGCUGAAGCGAACCAGGGGCGAGCCUGGUGAUGAGACUGUUAAACGUCAGGUCUGGGACACUGAAACUGGGGAUCCGGUGACUGUGUGGCUGCCGCCACCACGGUACGAUGCCGUGGUGGUGUGCCCGGUGGAUUCAUUGGUGUUCUCAGAUCCUUUGCUUUUCCACGCACAUUACAUUGACACUCACGUGGGCCGCACGGGUAUCAGCGGUCACAAGAAAGCAUUUAAUAAGGAAACCUCAAAGUGGGAGUGCAAUUGGCCGGGUUGCCACGGGCCCAGGCAACAGGAUGCGCACGGCAAUGCGUCUCCGUUCGAUUGCCCGCAACGCGUUGAAGGCUGCAAGGGUUACAGUGGGGGGAAGAAGGACAGUUUGGUGUCGCACAUCCGGUCUCAUCACACGCAUCCGCCGUGUUUUGCUUGCCAGGUUUGCUUCAGCUAUUUCAAUUCGAAAGACCACCGCAAAUGUGGUCGCCCACCAAAGCUGUGGGCGCUGGUGAAACCCGCGCGCUCUCGCGGUGUGCGGACGGGGGAUACUCACCACGCACAAGCGCAGGCUGCCUUAUCCGGGGUCAUACACGCGAAGACCACUACAUCGGAUAGUAACGCGACUAGCGCACCCAUACCCACCCCCACAAGUGGCGGAGGUUCUCAGGCCCAGGGACAGGCACACGAGGGCAGCAGCAGCACAAAGACAGGCAUGGAACAGGGCAAUAGCCUAACAGUCACGGGUGUGGGGGGUGCUGUGGAUAAUACAGACUUGCAGACCACUAUGGCUAAGAACGAUAGCUUCAACAAUAGUGCAAGCCCCAUGAUGCGCAUGAGUAUACAGAGCUCGAGUUUACCAGACGAUGAAACCGCGGGCACCAGGCUGUCGACCGGGCCGGCAUCAUUUGGUGAGAGUUUCAGGGCUCAGGCCCAGGCUCAGGCCCAGGCUCAGGCUCAGGCUCAGGCCCAGGCUCAGGCUCAGGCUCAGGCUCAGGCUCAGGCUCAGGCUCAGGCUCAAGCUCAAGCGCAAGCGCAAGCGCAAGCGCAAGCACGGGAAAAGGAAAGCGGGGGACAGCAAGUGGGUGGGCAAGUGUCUGUGCAGAAAGAAAACAGCGGAGAGACGGAAGUGGGCAAGGUGGUGCCAUCGAAAUCGAAUGAGAAUCCCGCUAUUGAUCCCGGCAUGCGCAUGGCGUUAGACGGCAGCCAGAUUGGAGAGAAUCUGUUUCCUAUCGCGGAGCGAGAAGAGAUGACGGAAGAUCUCCUAUACAACAGCAGUGCACUGCCGCCACAACCACAGCCACCAACCACGAGCAAUCAGGAAACGGCGGACACCACACAAGUACUAACACGUGAAAGCGUGAGCAACAUGUCCGUGGACCGAAGAUCAUCCGGAGAGGUUCCCGAGAGUCAAGAUACCUUGGAAAUAAUCAAGGAGAACGGACCGGAAGAUGAUGGGGAUACAAUUAUGGAGGAAAACCCGUAAAUGCAUGUCACCUGAGUGGUGAACGACUAUUGUAAAUUCUUCGCUGCUGCUAAGGUGAUGAUUCCCCAUACGAGGUCUCGAAAGGUAAGCGGGCUUACACAGUAGCAGUACCGAUACUGUGCAGAAGAUACACUCAUAUUGGUAGCGGUAUGCACGAGCUGGGGAGGAUGCUGGUGCUGCCAGGUAGAAUCGCAGCUGUCGAUCGUACGUCUUGGCCGCUUCCUCAAAUAUUCUCGCACAUGCGCUAACGACGACACACCUAUAUUGACAGUCAUGGCCAAUGCCAAUGUAGCAGUCAUUCUGUACUCUCACUGUACACCGGUUAAUCUCCAAUAGUUAUUAUUUAAACCGCCAUAUUAGAAUGGCUGAGCCGGACUGCGAUCAGCCAGGACUACAUAGAAAAGCGGAGUGAAGAUGUGUAUUGCAGAGAUUUCCCUGGGUGUCUACCUCGAUUUUGGUGCCGAUCUUUAACAAAGCACCACAGUGUGCAUGCCACACCAGGUAUAUGCCUUUUAUGAAACGUCGCUGUCACACGCAUUCGAUGUCUUCGUGUGAAGUGUUUCAGCCACGAGAGUGCUGCAAUGCAGGAAGCGAGUCCGGCCUCCCAAAUGCAUUUGUAUUGAAGAAGCCAGCACAAUUACUAUGUGGUUUUUGAGCCCCACGGUCGACAAGCCGUUCAUGCUGGCCAACGUAAUUGGGAAUAAUUAGACAGAUCAGCUGUCGAAGAAAGUGCCUAUCCCAUCUUCAUUCCGAUCUAUAUUCCCCAUCUCCUUGAUAGGAGAAACAACAACAAAAAUAAUCUGUAUGCAGACAAAUUAGUAAGCCUAUUAAAUUAGGAACCCGAGAUAUGACGAUGGCUGACCUGCAUAAUCUGUUGUACAUAAUCACUCAAGAACAGAUUGCGCAUCGAUGGUCGAAACCAAUGCACUAACAAGUGCAUAUAUAACAUCGAAGUCAUAGUGCGCAAAAUCAAUCUGAGCCGAAAUGUCGUUAUGACAUAUUUAUACAUAUACAUAGUAGGGUCAGAAAAUAAAAAUAUAUAGAAGC